UGGAGGGGUUUCCUCUGACAGACGUCGUGAGCAAACAUCCAGUCAGAAACCUCUCGAACAGCCAGGCCGGGUUUUUAGGGGAUCCUUUCAGGAAUAAUGGACCUGCACUGGGCUGGUGAAGAGCUGUGGGAAGCAGCUGUUCCUGCGUUAAACCACGGAAGGCUUUGCAACGCCAGAUCCACGGAGGAGAGGAUAAAAGACUAAAGGGAAGAGUUUAACUCCAUAAGCUGGCACUGAGCCCCCCAAAGCCCCAUAAACAGACCCAUAAAAUCUCUAUCUCUCUCUCUCUCUAUCCUGUGAAUGGACACACACAUUUCCCAUUAGUCCAUCUCAUCUCAGUGGUCCUCGUCUCCCAUUGGCUGCUUCCAGGACAGCCUCCCUAAAUCCCACCAACAGCCUCCGCUCCUUCUGCCCCAGCCGCUCCUUCCUCCUCUUAAAGAGCCUCCUCAUCUUCAAUGGAGCCUCAGUCUCCUCACUGACUUGCUGAGGUGGAGUGUGCUGCUCUCCAUCCAUCUUCCUUCGCUCUCUCCAACUAUCCACAUUUCUCCCUCCUCCUCUUCUUACUUCCUUUGUGUUUCCUCUUUGUAUUUGUCGUUCUCUUCUCCUUCUCUUCUCUGUGUGAAACUACUGAGCGCACCUGAGCCCGAGCGUGCAGCACCUGUGCCGACUGGAGUUUGUUUGGGCCGAGGGGGAAGGUUGUUGUUUUCUGUGUGUUGAUCAGAGGAAGGAGGAGAGACACCCCCCAGGAACAGCUGAUGAUCAGUUUUUGAAGAAAUGUGGAGAUUUAAGAACUGAUCUCCCUCCCCUCUUGAGUUUUUUCCUCUCCAGCUGUUUGUCAUUUUUGUUUUACUUUGAAUUGCAACACCUGGAAUGCUUCACGUGGACUGAUGGAUGUUUCUGAACUGUGCAUCCCAGACCCUCUCUGCUACCACAACCAGCUGCUGACCAGAAUGCCCUCUGACGAUCGACACCUAUCCUCCAGCUGCGGUUCUUACGUUAAAACCGAGCCCUCCAGCCCUUCCUCUUCUCUCGUAGACACCGGCAGCCACCACAGUCCCAGUGGCAACUCGGACGCGAGCGGCGGCUACAUUAACGGCACCAACGGGCGCUCGCACGCCCUGGACUCACCUCCCAUGUUCAACCCGGGGAUGCUCGGGGGCGGAAGUGCCUGCUUACGCCGCUACGAGGAGUGUUCCGGCAGCAUGGCCGACGACUCGCCAAUCAAGUGCGAGUACAUGCUCAACGCCAUUCCCAAGAGGCUUUGCCUGGUGUGUGGCGACAUAGCCUCAGGGUACCACUACGGGGUUGCUUCAUGUGAGGCCUGCAAAGCCUUCUUCAAAAGGACGAUACAAGGAAAUAUCGAGUACAGCUGUCCAGCCACUAACGAGUGUGAGAUCACCAAGAGGAGGCGGAAGUCCUGCCAGGCGUGCCGCUUCAUGAAGUGUCUCAAAGUUGGGAUGUUGAAGGAAGGUGUGCGUCUGGACCGAGUGAGAGGGGGGCGACAGAAGUAUAAACGGAGGUUGGAUGCAGAGAAUGGCUCCUAUCUUGGACUCACCAUCCCUCCUCCAGCCAAAAAACCCUUGUCCAAGAUAGUUUCCCAUCUACUGGUUGUGGAACCGGAGAAGAUCUACGCCAUGCCCGACCCAACCGUGCCUGAUGGGGAUAUCAAGGCUUUGACCACCCUCUGUGACCUCGCUGACCGUGAGCUGGUGGUCAUCAUCGGCUGGGCCAAACACAUCCCAGGUUUCUCCACACUCUCGCUGGCAGACCAGAUGAGUCUGCUGCAGAGUGCCUGGAUGGAGAUCCUGGUGCUGAGCAUCGUGUUUCGCUCGCUGCCCUGCGAGGAUGAGAUUGUGUAUGCGGAGGACUAUGUGGUGGACGAGGAGCAGGCCAGGAUCUCGGCCCUGCUGGACCUACAUGUUGCCAUCCUGCCGCUGGUUCGACGCUACAAGAAGCUGCGCAUGGAGAAGGAGGAGUUUGUCACGCUCAAAGCCAUCGCACUCGCCAACUCUGACUCCAUGCACAUAGAGAACAUAGAGGCCGUCCAAAGGCUCCAGGAUUCUCUACACGAGGCCCUGCAGGACUACGAGGGCUCCCAGCACCCCGAGGACCCCAGACGGGCAGGCAAGCUGCUGAUGACCCUUCCUCUGCUUCGUCAGACCGCCACCAAGGCUGUUCAACACUUCUACAGCAUUAAAAUGCAGGGCAAAGUCCCCAUGCACAAACUGUUCCUCGAGAUGUUGGAGGCCAAAGCCUGACAUCUGUGUCAGACGCUCGACAGACGGCUGCAUCAUCCAAUCAGAGACGAUGGGACAGUCUUUACAAGAAAUAAAGGUGGAGUGCCAACUGACAGUAAAACGAUGCAACAUGAGCUCUGGAGUCAUUUUAAAACUUUUGAACAACUAAGGUGAAUUGGACUUGCUGCCUAUCAACCUAACUGAGCUGGGAUGAUGAUUGUGUAAAUAAAGACAUUGUGUACAGAAAUCUAGCACUGAGGUCUUGAUAUAACCACAGACCCAUUGCUCUAUAUCACCCGAAGCUUCUGUGAAUUUGUUUCUUAUUUUGACUUAUUCUGAAAAAGAAAACAUAAUAUAAAUGUGAAACAGAACUGUAAAGGUGAUGUAAACGGUUUGUGUUUCGGUUUGCUCAUCUCAUUUUCUGAUUUCAGCCAUUAAAGGUGUGGAACACUCGUUUAAUCAAUACAUUUGCAGUGGUCCCUAGUAGGAAUAAAUGUCUCGUAAGUCGUACUCUGGAGGAAAAAAGUCCCGGUGCACCAGUUUCAGGAACCAGCAGGUUGCCAGAUCACAGCUGCUCUGAUUCUCUGCUGUUUCCUGGACGCUAAACCAAGAACAACCUCCCCCGUCACAAGUUUGGACGGGUGAGUCCACAAAUGUUAAGUGAUGGUGACGUAGAUCUCUCAGGACUUUCUAAUCCUAGAGUUUCAUAGUCUAUUCUUUUUUAUCAGAAAUGCAGGAAAUUGGUGUAGGAGACUAUUUUCAUGCUCAGCCUGCAUGAAAAAACUCAGUGACUGAUUAUAAUCAGAAAUAAUAAUAAAAAUAUGUUUUUUGUUUGUUCCACACCUUUAACGCCAUAGUCUCCAACUGGUCUACAGAUGAUGUACUGUAUAUUAUGUGAAAUUGCACUGGGCACAGGGAAGAGUUGUUUAACAUAUUCCUAAAUUUGUCAUUGAAGAAAGUGGCAUUGAAAUUCCUUUACCUCGUAACUUCACUGACUCAAUGGUUUAGUCGCUUUAGUGGGACAUGAGGGACACUUGCUGGCUAACGACCAUUGCUAAACAUUUGCACUAAGCAUCCGUGAACAUGGCUAAACCUAAUUAUAAUGAAGCUAGCUAUGUCUGAAUCUCAGUUGACACUUCUGCAUCAGUCAGCAACGUGUGCUGACUGCUAAACAUACUGUGAAACUUGAUCAGGGGGGUGAUACGCUAGAUCUUCUGCUGUUUCUGUGGUUCAGAUCUUAAGUGACUUUCUGUGGAAGAAUUGUGCUCAAUUAAUCUAUUUCCUGUUGUGGAAAGCUUGCCUAACAACCUCAGUUUGUAGAAUUAAAUUAGUUUUGCCUAUGAAAACAAGCUAAGAGCUAAGACCGUGAUAGAGGUCCGCCAUAUUUAAACAGCUCUCAGUUUUUUUAAUUUUUUUAUUUCAGUGAGUCAUCUGUGGUUUCCAGUAGGAAUGAAUGCGCUCCUCUUUCAGCAAGUAGAAUGAAGCCGGAGGAGUGGGGGGCAGAAAACGACUCAGUAAUAUUCAUAAUUCUGUUUUAUCUCCACAAAAAAACCUGAAUGUGUUCAUCUAUGUUGUGGAGUUGCUAAUGCUAAUGGUUAGCUUCUACUAGCCAAAGCAUGCUCAACACAUCAAAUCAACACAGCCUUCCACAGAUUGUCUGUGUGACGUAAAUCUUUGGGGCUUUUUCUGACCCGAGGGUCUGUUUCCUUUUGGCGGCUAAUGCAGGAAAUAGGGGUCCAAAACUAUUUUCAUGUUUUGCGAGUGACACUUAGCGUGCUUUCAGGUGUAUUAUACGUUUGACAGUUUCAAAUCAGAAAAUCAAUACUAAUGUCAAAACAAGGUAUUUGGACUGAUGACUUUUGCAUCUUGAGGGUCUGUAAUUCUUCUUAAAUGAUAAAUGACCCGCACUUGUAUAGCGCCUUUCAUAGUCAGAGGACUCCAAAGCGCUUUACACUACAGUGCAUCAUUCAUCCAUUCACACACACAUUCACACACUAAUGGUGAUGAGCCACUAUGCUGCCCGGGGGCGUACUCUGGCAAUGAACCCCCUCCUGUCCGACAGCAGGUCAUGGAAAAAGAUCGGACCCCCCCCCCC